AUGAGUGCUCAAGUUCAAGGGAUAAAGGUUUACUGCAGGCUUAGGCCUUUAAAGAAAAACGACAAAUUUGUCAAGUAUGAAAUUAUUAAACAAAAACAAGGUAUUGAUGUUCUUGAUAUAAAAUAUAAAGCAUCAAGGAACAAUCUGAACAACAAAUAUCAGUAUUAUGAAAUAUUCGAAGAGAAUACUCCACAGAGCAAGGUUUUUGAAAAUGUAGCUUUACCAGUAUUGGAUAAAUUUCUAUCCGGUAUGAACAGCACCAUUUUUACGUACGGACAGACUUGUAGCGGAAAAACCCAUACAAUGUAUGGAUCUCAAGAAGAUCCAGGUAUUAUACUUCGAUCUUUUGAAUACUUAUUCCAACGUACAGAAGAGAAUAAGGACAAUAAUUCAUCAUUGAAAAAAACAAAAAAUAUAAAUAAAAACAUAAAACUGAAUAAAAAAGUGAAGUUUACAAUCAAUCAAAAAGGUGACAUCAGUUUUAAAAACUUGUCAAAAUUUAAAAUUAAUAGUUUUAAUGAUGCCAUAAAAAUUUUGGAGGUGGGUGACAUGAGGAAAAGUGUGUCACCCACAAGUAUGAAUAUACAAUCCAGUCGAGCACAUUGCAUUUGUAGGAUUAGUUACAAAUGCAAACACAAAGAAAUUAAGCUAAAUUUGGUAGAUUUAGCAGGGUCUGAACGGAUUUCAAAAUCUUUUGUCAACGAAAAAACGUUUGCCGAGUCUCGAUCAAUAAAUGCAUCGUUACAUUACCUAAACCUUGUAAUAAAUGUAUUGGAAAAUCCUAAAAUGCACGUGCCGUAUCGUAAUUCCACAAUAACGUCGGUGCUUAAAGGUUCGCUGGGUACAAAAUGUGCUACCGCAAUGAUUGCCACUGUUGUUCUGAAUCGCCAAUGCAUAGCAGCCGACGGAAUUGGUAUGAACGUAGCAUGUGACGUUCAUGACGGUCAAUUUGAACCGUAUGACUUAAUCAUCGGAGACGGUAUUAUCAACGUUCCGGCGGUCGAUGUGAUUAUACCAUCCGUUAUGGAAUCUGGCGAUGGAACUAAUGAUGACCAGAAGGAUCUUGAGGUUAACGAAGAAGUUGAAAACUUACCAAGUGACGUCAGCGACAACGAACUUGGAUUGAACUUUGAAAUUGUGGACGACAAUAGCAACGUCCCAGCGGUCUAUGUUAAGGCGCCUGUGGUUCAUUAUGGUGUCGAAACCGAUAAUAACCAAAUAACCCGAUUGGAUACCAUUGAUAAUAAUAAGAUCGUGGUAUUAAAAAACUCAGGAUUCUAUAGAGUGGCUGAUGUUUUCCAUAAACACUGUAAAUUCAUUGUUAUGUUAAUGAUUAUAACUUUGAUAUUCAAACCGCAACGUUUAUUAUGGAACAACGAAUUGGGCACUGAUACUGAGAACUUUGAUAGGUAA